UUGUGUCGCGAAGCCUCGUGCGUACGGUGUCCUUAGGUCCUUUGGCGUGUCGCGUCGCGUCGCGUCGUGUGGUGUGCUUGUGCCGUGGCGUGUGUUCCCUCGCACAGCGAGCGAGCGAGCGAGCAGCCGGAGAGCGACGUCGUCGUCCCCGGAUUCCGUUCGCGAACCAAUACGACCGGCCGGAGAGAAACUCGUUUCAGGGUCGUCGCUCGUGCGGUCGACAGUGCUCUCGCGUCCGCCACUCGACGAGCCGCUCCUGCCCCCGGACUUUUCCCGACGGACACCGGGCUGGCAAGGUUAGGUUUCGCAGCGUCUCGCCGUUGUCCGCGUGUUACGGAGAGAUUCUGAUCGGCCGUGUGUUUCGUUCGGUGACCUUUCUUCCGUGCCGCGCGUUGUAUUGUGCCUCGACCGAAGGAUACCAGCGAUGAGGAUGAGCGUCGAGGAGCUGCUGCCUUAGGACACCUACCACGCCUGAGUCUACGGCGCUGAAACCGAUGCCCACCGGCGCCUCCACUGUCUGAACCGGGCCACUAGUCUGAUAUAGGGUAAACCGCCCACGUGUCCCAUGACACCCAUGACAGACGCGUCCAGAGGAGGGGAGCGAUCGUUGACAGUGAUCACCGACUCGAGGUCAGCCGGUCGCAGCUUCGGCUGGUACUCCAGGUGAAUCAGAUCCGACGCGAAUCUCGAGAACAGUGCCCGGACCAUGUACAAGAUCCUACGACGCGGCUCCAGCCGCGUCCUCGUCGUCUGCGUCGUUCUUCUGACGCUGUUGCUCUGCCUGUACUAUGUCAGCCAGGCGCAGACACCAUCCACCGGGCCCUCGGCCGCGAUCAUCAACGAGGAGCUGCGUUACGAUCGCGUGCCGACCUCCAUCACCCCGGACUACGUUGAGUCGCCGGACGCCAAAGUCUCGUUGGACACCUGUCCCAUCAUCGUCCCCAGGAACGUGGACAUCGACACCCAACAGGAGUUCGAGAAAUUCGACUUUCAGCCCUCCUGGAUGAGAAGCAGGGAGUAUUGGGACGACAGUUUCGAGGCCAGGUACGCCGAGCUCAGAAAGGAUCCGACGAGGCCACCAUUGAAGGUGAUACUGGUGCCGCACAGCCACACCGAUCCAGGAUGGCUGAAGACGUUCGAACAGUACUUCCACAGCUCCACCAGAAGCAUCUUGAACAACAUGGUCUCGAAGUUGCAGCAGUGGCCUAACAUGACCUUCAUCUGGAGCGAGGUGUCCUUCUUAUCGCUCUGGUGGGAGAGCGCCCAUCCGACGAAGAAGAUGGUGGUGGAGAAGCUAGUGAAAGAUGGCAGGCUGGAGAUGACCACCGGUGGCUGGGUCAUGACCGAUGAAGCGACCUCCCAUAUUUAUGCCAUGCUGGACCAGCUGAUUGAAGGUCACCAGUGGCUAAAGACGAACUUGGACGUGGUCCCGGAGUCCGGUUGGUCCGUCGACCCGUUCGGCCACGGCGGGACCAUUCCGUAUUUGCUGAAGGCUUCCGGCGCUUCCGGCACCGUGAUCCAGCGGAUCCAUUACGCGUGGAAGCAGUGGUUCGCGAAGAAGCAGUACGGCGACUUCGUCUGGCUGCAGCCCUGGGACCAGACCGGCGACGCGGACAUGCUGACCCACAAUCAGCCGUUCGACAUCUACAACAUCAAGCACUCGUGCGGCCCGCACCCGCACGUCUGCCUGAACUUCGACUUCCGGAAGAUACGGGGCGAGUACACCGAGUACUCGGUCCGCGCGGUCGAGAUCACACCGAACAACGUCAAGCACAUGGCCGAGCUGCUGUUGGAACAGUACUCGCGCACUGGAUCGCUGUUCGCUCAUAAUGUUGUGCUGAUGCCGUUGGGUGAUGACUUUAGAUACGACCACGCAGUGGAAUGGGACCAACAGUACACAAACUACAAGAUCCUAAUGGACUACAUAAACAGCCGCAGAGAAGAGUACAACGCCGAGAUCGUGUUCGGCACGCCGAAGGACUACUUCCAAGAGAUCAGAAAGCGAGUGGAAGCCUUCCCCACGUUGCAGGGAGACUUCUUCGUCUACUCUGACAUCUUCAGCGAAGGUAGACCAGCCUACUGGAGCGGCUACUUCACCACCAGGCCGUACAUGAAGAUCCUGGACCGCGAGCUGGAGGCUAACCUCCGGUCAGCCGAGAUCCUCUACACGAUAGCCCUGAACGUGGCGAAGCAGUCCGAUAAGGACUUCAUGCUGUACGAGACCUACUUCGAGAAACUGGUGAAGGCCAGACGAAAUCUAGGUCUGUUCCAGCAUCACGACGCCAUCACAGGCACCUCCAAGUCGUUCGUCAUGAAGGACUACGCUCUGAAGUUGUUCGAGUCGAUCUCGGACACGACCAGCCUCCAGAGCUUCGUCAUCCAGUCGCUAGCCGGGACCACCAGCAAGCAGAACUCGGUGUACGUUUUGGCCGAGUCCGACCGCGACAGCUACGAGAAGCUGCCGAAGAAGAUCCCCAUAGGAGUCGGCAGCCAGGAGACCAAGAAGAUCGUGCUGUUCAACCCCCUGGCCCAGCCCAGGCAAGAGGUCAUCAGCCUGAAGGUGACCUCCUACAGGAUCAGAGUGCUCGACCCGCAGAGGAACCCCAUCCCCUAUCAGAUAGCUCCAGUGAUGAACGCCACGAGCAUCACCCAUGACGUCUACGUGCUGCUCUUCGUAGUAGACCUCAAGCCUCUAGCCAUAGUCACCUAUCAUCUUCAGCAAAUAGACAAGGUACCCGUGGAGGCCAUCUCCACGGUGUACUGCAGCCGCUGCGGCAAGGACAACGUGUUCCCCAUAAAACCCAUGCAGGUGGGCGACGUGCAGCUGGAGAACCAGAGGAUGAAGCUACUGUUCGACGGGCAGACCGGCUUCCUCAAGAGGGUCACCAAGAAAGCGACCGGCAAGAUCAUGCAGUGCGCCAUCCAGUUCGCCGCGUACACCUCUGCGCAGUUCCACAGCGGCGCGUACCUGUUCAUGCCCGACCCCAACCUCAGGGACACCGACAAGGACGUCCUCGAGGCGUACACGCCGCACCAGAAGAUCUACAUCGUCAGCGGGACCCUCAGCUCCCGGCUAACCGUGGAGUACGGCAAGCUGCUGACCCACCACGUGGCCAUCUACCAUAGAGAGGGCGGCCUGGAGGAGGCGAUAUACCUGAGGAACAUAGUGGACUUCGAGACGCCGCCCAAGAACAGGGAGACGGAGAUGUUCAUGCGGCUGCAGACGGAUAUACUGAACGGAGACCCGCCCGAGUUCUACACCGACCUGAACGGCCACCAGAUGAUCAAGAGGACGAAGAUAGAGAGGAUCGGCAUCGAGGGUAAUUACUUCCCCAUCACCACCAUGGCCUACAUCGAGGACACCAGUCAUAGACUCACCUUACUGGUGAACCACUGCCAAGGAGCUGCCAGCUACCAGCCCGGCUGGCUAGAAGUGAUGCUGGAUAGGAGGACUUUAUAUGAUGACUCGAGGGGAAUGGGCGAGGGUCUCCUAGACAACCGUAGGACCGUCAUCAAACACUGGUUGCUACUGGAGGACAUCACCGGGGAUAAAGACAAGUACUCCAAACCGUCCCUGUACGCGAACCACCUGAGCAACGCUCUUAACUACCCAGUGAACAUCUUCGUCGUCGACGGGACCGAGUCCGAGAUCACCAUGGCGCCGGAGGUCCGGCUGCUCAGCCAGAGCUUCCCCUGCGACCUCCACCUGCUGAACCUGAGGACCAAUCACGACCAGAAACUGCCAAACUUCCCCGUGAACAGCGCGCUGAUGGUGCUGCACCGGCAGGGCUACAGCUGCUCCGUGGGAGUCGACGUCGCCCUGAAGCACUGCCCUCUGACGGACAAGAUCCCACAAGGCACGUCGUUCUUUAAGCUCGCCAACCUGAACGUCACGCGGACCACGCUCACCGGCACCAAGACGCUGCAGAGACUAAAGGACGGCCUGCAGGACGUCAGCCUGCGCGCCAUGCAGGUCGAGACGUUCAACGUGAACUUCGUUCAAUGAUCUUAAGCCUCCCACUCGGGCCGGCUCGGCACUCUCCAGUCUACAAGCUGACGUAGCUGUUCAUCCUGGCGACACUGCCUCUUCUCCUGGCAGACGAUGAAGUUUCACCGAGCAGAGAACCAUUCUACGGUUCCCACGUUUUUCUAUCUUGCGUUCGGGUUCUUCCACCGGAGAGCUGGCCGGAACGGUUGUAAAUAGCGGGCGCUGCGAUUGGCGUCGCGUCGGUGCAGCGUUUGGGAAGUCCCCGAAGCUUCUUGCUCGACGUUAGACGGCUGUCGAGGUUCACGGGACUCUGGGGAAGCAAAUGAAUAUUUUUGGAAACUGGAGUUCCUUCUUUGGACGAGGGAACCUUGGUACUGGAGGAUUUAGUUGGGUCAGGAUGGUUUACUCGCUACCAGCGCUUGUUUCCGUGACGGUUUAGUCAGUUAUUUGAGAUAAUAAAUCUGAACUAAGAAGAAUGAAUCUGAAACAUUGAGUUCCUAGGUAUAAUGUAGUUUAUGAUUUUUAAUAUCUGUAGGAGUAACAUGUUGAACGAUUUCAUUGAGCAAAAUACGCAAAAUAGAGUACAAAAUUUGAAUUGCAUAUUAUAUGUUCAGCUGAACGUCACGUUAUGUAGUAUUAUGUAAUAUAGAAACAUUAUCAAAUAAUUUAACACGUUCGCAGACGUGAGUGCUAAAAUUCAAAUUGACAAGCCACAUAAUUACUUAAUUCUACAAAGCUUUAACCCUUUGCGGUCGAAAGUUUCUCACUAGAAAUAUUCAACAUUUUCUGAUGAGAUACAGAUGACAUUUGAAACUAAUUUAAUAAUAACUCACAGAUAAAUUAAGCAACAAAUCUAUUGAAUAUUCUACAUAGCAAUACAAAGUUUCAUUUAAAAUCCUAAAUAUUCAACGUCAUAGUUUUGCUGUACCAAAUUGUCAUUUUACUCUCAGAGAACUUGCAUUUUCUAUUACUGAUUAAAAUGUUCACUCUCCAUGAACGUGUUAAUUGAACUAUAAUAAUUCAACGUGUUAAAUCUAUUCUCAUGUAAAAUAUAAGAUCCGUCACAGAUAUAACACUGGUAGCGAACGCGUCAAAGACUUCGACAGCUGAGAAUCAGAGUCCUAGGAUUUCUCCAGCGUUGAGCUCGAGUCAGCUUCGAGGCUUUUGCAACGCUGCGUUGGCGUCCAUUGUACAUACGACAGGCUACCGUACUCUACGCCCUCUUUCGGUUCAAUUUCCCUAGAUUGAGGACAACGACAGCGAGCCCGGGAGGAAGAGAGAGCCCCACAGAAAAGAGAAACUAUACUUGCUGUCCUCUAACUUGAUGUGCUGCUAUCUCGUGCCUCUGGGAUUCAUCAGCCGGCGAGGCGUGUUCUCUGUCCACGUCGCCGAGACCCUGUCCCCGUGAUGACCGUCGAUGAUGAUUCUCUGGCGCACGGUGGCGGGGAUCGAGCGCCGAUGGACCCAAACUGAAAUAGACUGACGAAAUCAAACGAUCCAAGCGCGUUAGAGGCCCUUGAUCUGUACAAAACCGUAGAAAGUCUGUUCGUGGGAGUCGUGCGAGAACAGCAAACAUUGUGGAUUCGAGAUGGACCAUUUCGCCUGAUCAGACCUGAUGGUAAUUUGUUUGUUUGUCGGUGGACUAAUGGGUUGAGAGUAAUUGCCAGUGGAUCGUUCUGAGGAUCUCUAGUGUGAUGUGCAAGAGGUGAUUAAAGUGAUCAUGGUGAUCAAGCGAAAUGGGCCAAUUUGUAGACAUGAAUAUAUUGUACAUAUCAAGCCACAACUUUAUCUUAGACAGUAUGUUGUGAUAGAGGGAUAAAAUGUAAAUGGUAUACACCUAUUUUCAUAUACGACAUGUUUUACCCGGGCGCCCUCUCUCUUCCUGCCCCUUUGCGGAGGUAGGAGCUGUCUUUGGGGAUGGUGGGUCUCAACGCUCUUCCAAUUCUAGUGGGGACACGGUCGUUUAGUUGAGUCGGGACUGGCUUGUGGCACCUGCCAGCCGGAAAGUACCUAUUUUUUACUUCUGCUGACGGCAACGGGUCGCGACGGUGGCGGCGUUGGUUCUGAGCAGGUCUUUAUAAAGACAUGUCUUGCUCUAGGAAUUAAAGACUUUGAUUCUGAUCAGUUCUUUCUAAGGACUAAUCAAUUCUUUCUGAAGACAUGUCUUGCUUUAGAAAUUAAAUACUUUAAUUUUGAUCAGUUCUUUCUAAAGAUAUGUCUUGUUCUAGAAAUUAAAGACUUUGAUUCUGAUUAACUCUUUCUAAGGACAUGUCCUGAUCUAGAAAUUAAAGACAUUGAUCAGCAUCAAUGGACACUGUAGCUAUUGUCGCCUCCUCUCUCGUCAGCGUUUCCGAUCGAGAUGGGUUCAGUCAAGCGUUCUCGGUACGACAGACUCUUGUAAAUAAUAAAUUAAUUAGCAGGGGGAAAACAGUCGUACGGUUUCCACGUGAGCUGUGUCAUGUUCUUAGGGCCAACGAGGAGAUGGCGAACGUAAAUUUUCAAAUUUUAUUCGUUAAUUAGACAAGCUUCGAAUCGCGAUUCAACGGUUUUAUUGAACUAUUCGAAUUUAUAAAGGUAGUAAUGAAUUGAAAAUAAAUAGAUUUAAAAAUGUUACUGAACUGUGGAACUCUGUGUCUCCAAUCUCACAAAAAACUCUCCCUAUCAACCUUUUGCAUCCAAUAAUUUACUUUCUCAGUCGCCUAAUAUAUUACAAUAAACAAUAACAAAUUCUAAUAAAUCAAAAUAUUAAUAAAAUACUUCUACCCUUAAACUUAUCCAAUAUUAUUCUUUAUAUUAGUCACAAAAAGUCUCAUAAAAGAAUCCUAAAUAUUUUUAACUUAAUUAAUAUUUUUAAAUUCUUCAGGUCCAACUUCAAUUAACUUUAAUUCCUCGAAACUGCUGUUUAGAUUCGCACAGAUUUCCACGGUCCUGUCGUUAAGUACCAAGUCAUCAUUUUCCUGUUCUCUUCGGAUUCGUAUGACAGUAGUCAUUCUCUCGAAUGACUUGUUUCUGUUUCUUUGAAUUCUUAACGAAGAAAGUACUCGUUGAAGACAUUGUUAACCCCUUGGCGUACUAUUCACUUUCGUUACUAAGCUCGUGUAAUAUUUUCCUAUCGACAAUUCGUAAGAAAUACAACAAAAUUUUCCAUUCUACUUUAGGUGGAAAUUUCAUUUGAAGAUGAUACAUUGAUAAUAGCGAAAUAGUUUGCUUUGAUCCGUGGGUGAUGAACAAUAUUGAUUCUUAAAUUAGUUUAGAAAUCAUCGCGAGUCUCACUCGUCAUUGUAUGGCAAGGGGUUAAGCGACGAAUGGAGAGACGAGCGAAUGACAGGGGAAGUGGCAUGACAUUGACGACUUAAUGACAUGACAUCAGAGGGGAACCGCAUUAGGAUAUUCGAGGGGAUUGCUGGAAAUCCAUGACUGUCCUUGUUGUAACGAUAUUGUACCAUACUAUGUGUUUUGUGCUGUCUCUAGAGAAGAAAGAUUUAUAUUAAAGAUGGUAUAUGUAUACACAUGUGCAUACAUACGGCUGUACGUGUGUGUGAAUGUGUAUAUAUAGAGAUAUAUUUGCAGAAUCACACACCACCACACCAGGAUAUUCCUUAUGUUACAAUGUAAUAUUAUAUUUAUUGAAUAAAGAUAGUA